CCAUAAUCGAGUCACUCAGAUGAAUGUCAGGUGCUCGAGCAAAUUAUUCCGCACUUUCAGUCGAUGGUUAAUUAAGUCAGAAUAAGAAAAAUCUCGUCUAGACUGCUUGGUGCAUCUCGGAGGAGGCGAGUUGUUCCUGUGAUCGUGGCUCGGAACAUCAAGGAAGUUAACAGCUUUGACGCUCGACAGAGAGCAGAGUCUCGCAAUACGACGGUCACUUCAGGGGUUUAUUUCAGGCUGGAUGUACGCAUCCCUGUUCCCCAUCUCUCCCGUCUCUCGACCUUUCCACUAUUGUUCCGUCAUGUUUUGACUUUGCCGUGCCAUCACACAGACCGUGUGUCGUAAACAUGACCGUAGGAAGCGACGGCGUCGAUCCCCGAGCCGAUGUCACGUCUCAGCCUAAACGUCCCGCUUUAUCCUGGGGACUAAUGAUCAGGAAGAAGGUGAAAUGCAUGGCUCCUUCUCUUGGUAAAUUCAGACCGCUGGUGGGACAGUGCUGCCAGCAGUGUACCCCGGAGAGUCUGGGUCGGAAUCUGCCGCAGAACGCUCCUUCUCUCGGCUUCCAGAACCUUCUGUACGUAACGGAAACACACACCAGGUAUCGAGGAUGGCUGGUUAGAAGAGUGUGUUGCGUGCUGUUUAUCUGCAGCCGUAAAGUCGACGCCGGUCCUGCCGGAGACAGACUGCUGCGGAUCUGCGACACAGACAGGGUAAAGCGGAUCCUGCCUCCACCGAUCAGUGUAAAAGAGUGUGUAGACGACACCCGCAGGAUCCUGACUCUCACCGAGACGUUUCAGUCUCCGACCCUGAUACGGUUGGUGGGCUGGUUGCUCCUGCGCUUUUUCUCUCUGAUGUUCUGCAGCGUGCAGGUGAACCUCAGCCAGAUGACCGCUCUCCACCGGGCCAGAGAGCUGAACAUCCCGCUGAUGUACGUGUACAUUCGUCAGAAUGUUGUUGAUCAAGCUUUGAUCUCUCUGACUCUUCUCUGUCACAACCUGAAGGUUCCCUACAGUGUCUAUCCAGCUCAUGUUCACAACAGAUGGAUGAGGGUUAUCCUGCAGCAACUGGGCAUCAUUUUUCUCCCUGAUCACGCAGCCACCGUGCAGGAGGCAGAAUCCCACAGCCUCUACUCUCCCGUCAUGACCUCGCUGGUUGGCGAGCUGCUGAAAACGGGUGAGAGUCUCAGCGUAGGUGUGUGCGAGGACAGCGGAUGUGGAGGACAGUGGCUUGCUCGGGUCCGCCAGGCCGUGGCCGAGGGUCUGGUGCCGGAUGUGAGCGUGGUGCCAGUGGGUAUCUCGUACGACCGCCCUCCUUCAUGCCAGUCCACAUGUUCACAGCCUGGCGUGCUGUCUGUCCUGCGGUUUAUGCGUUCCCUUCUGAGUGCUGAUGAAAGAGGAGGUGUGAGGAUCCAUUUCGCUCAGGCUUUCUCUCUGAAGGAGAUGUGUGACAGUGGGAAAUGUCGUGUGGAUGGACGACGCCCCCUACAGGACCUCUUGCUGCCAGCUGUCCUUCACAACAGGAAGGACACCGUAUAUGGACAAAAAGACGUUUCCUGGAUCCUCCCCUCUACUGUUCUACCUGAGCUGUCUCACAGCGAGAGGCAGCUGAGCAUCGCUUUGACACUGCACCUGAUGCAUUCGGUGACCAGCAGCAUGGCUGUGAUGUCUAGCAGCAUCGUGUCCUGUUUGCUCCUCCAUAAACACCGCAGGGGAGUGCGUGUGUCUGUGUUGUGUAAAGAUUUGUGCUGGCUGUUGGAGGAGGUGUUGUUCAGGCGCUGUGAUGUUGGAUUUGGAGGCUCUGUGAUCAGUGUGGUGUUUCACGCUCUCUCUGUGCUGCGUCCGCACCUGCUGAUGGCUGCAGCGCCCCCGUCAGGAGAGCCGCUGGUGACGGCUCGGCCCGACCCACACGCGCUGCUCACUCUCAGCAGGCACAGCCAGCUUCUCACACACGUCUUUAUCACCGAGGCUGUGGGAGCCUGUGCCGUCUCUGCCUUGCUGUGUGAGGUGGCAGGAUGUGGAGGAGGAGAGAUGGAGUUUGAUGUUGCACUUGGUCAAGAGGAGCUGACUGAAAAAAGCCUACAGCUUACACACCUACUGCCAGCUGGGUAUAUACCACCCUGCCAAACAGCAUACGGUUUUGCUCUGGAUGCAGUGGACAGCAUGGUACACUGCGGGAUUCUCAUCAUGGAGGAGCGGGAUACUCCAGUGUGUGAUUUCUGGAAAAGGCAGGGUGUUUUCUCAUGGACUGCUUCAUCUGACCCUGAACACAGCAGCGAUUCAGAGUGUGAAGAACAGGACAACCGCACAUACAAGUUGAGUCAGACAUCUGAGUGUCCCAAGCUGCUGUUCUUUUUCUCUGGAUUACUGAGUGUACAGCUGAGGGCGCUCUGCUGGGCUAUAGAGAGCCUGGACCUGCUGUCCUUUCCCCUUACAGAGGCAGCGUGUGUGACUCAACUCCACAGUCACCUGAGAAACAAAGCUCAGCUGGACAGAGUGCACCACGAGAGUUCCUCGAUAAAGCUGGUGAGAAUGGUCCUGCGCACCCUGACUGAUUUUGGUGUGCUGAUGGAGGACCGGCAGAGCGAAGCUGUGUAUCUAGAGAUCAGUCCUCCUUUCCUCCAGGCUGAGAACAAAUACAAGCUGUUCCAGUUCGUCUCGCAGUUCCUCUACAGCUCAAGCGAGGGAAAGCGAGUCUCUGCAUUGCUUCAGGGUUUAGUUUAAAAUAUAUAUAUAUGUCUCAGGUAACCAGAACGGAGCAAAGGAUAUGGACCUGGAGACUUGGACCUGGGACUUGGACCUGGGACUUGGACAAAUUGCCUUUGGUUUCUUUCUUAGUUAAAAUGCAGAGAGUCGUGACAUGUUUGUUGUGCUCGGUUCUGUCAGUUGAGAGACUCAUGUAGAGAACGCGUAAAGCUUCUAUGCACCGGUUUAGCAUCGUGACAACGUAACUAGGUCAGUGCUUUUACAUCUAACGGCUAAAGAUCCUUCACAAACGUGUAUGACUAAAUCCAGGCAUCCGCGUAACUAUUUAAACGCUCGGUUUUCAUUUAGUUCUAGCGUUAACGAGCUACAUCUCGUGUUAAAGGGUGGAAAUGUUUUUUUUUUCUUUCUAAAAUUCUGUCGUUAAAUGAGAAUAUUGUUCGAGUUUUGAGUUUUUCACCACUAUGUACCGACAGGAUGAUAGCAGGGUCAUGUUUGACGAUGUUGCUCUGUUUGCUAGUCGAAGUUUGUUUUUCCUGUUUGAAAAUUGUUGCUUUAUAACUUGGAGAAAACAAAUACAGAGAAUUUUGUUCUGCU